GCCGUCGGCACUAGUUGCAUGUACGUAACAUAAGAUUUCUUUACACCCCUCAGCUGUUUUAUGAUUCCAAACCUCGCACCACUUCCAAUUGAUCAAUAAAUUGGAUUUUCUUGCCCCUUUCACGCCUUGUCUCUUGAAGUCAGUGACAGUUCAUCGACAAUGGCUCUGCGAAGAUCCGGAGGCCAGCUCUGCAAGAGCAUUUCACAGGCCAGUACGCAUCGACUUGCGCUACCCCAAAUCGCUACUCAGAAGCGAUAUCUGGCCACUCCCGUCCAUCCUGUCACUCAAGAUGCUACUGGAUCAAAGGGCCCUACGGCUAUGGUCUUCCUCAACAUGGGGGGACCAUCGACUACCGAUGAGGUUGGUGACUUUUUGAGCCGCCUUUUUGCCGACGGCGAUCUAAUUCCUCUUGGCCCUCUACAAAACUAUCUCGGUCCAUUGAUUUCGAAGCGGCGAACACCCAAGAUCAUCAAGCAAUACUCGGCCAUCGGUGGAGGAUCACCAAUUCGAAAGUGGUCUGAAUACCAAAACGCCGAGAUGUGUAAGAUCUUGGACAAGAUCUCUCCCGAGACUGCGCCUCACAAGCCCUACGUUGCUUUCCGAUACGCGGACCCAUUAACCGAGGAAAUGUACGAGCAGCUGUUGAAGGACGGCUUUGGAAAUGGAAAAGGUGGCCGCGCCGUCGCAUUCACACAAUAUCCUCAGUACUCUUGCUCAACAACAGGUAGCAGCUUGAACGAGCUAUGGAAGUGGAGGCACCGACUUGAAGGCAAGACCAACAAGGAGUCUGGUGACGGUACCAUUACCUGGAGUGUAAUCGACCGUUGGCCUAACCACAGUGGAUUGGUCGAGGCUUUUGCCCAAAACAUCGAGGCCAAGCUUGCGGAAUACCCUGAGGAGCGAAGAAAGGAUGCUGUGCUGCUCUUCUCUGCGCAUAGUCUGCCCAUGUCUGUCGUUAACCGAGGUGAUCCUUACCCUGCUGAAGUUGCGGCCACUGUCUACGCUGUCAUGCAGCGCCUCGGUUUCUCCAACCCUUACCGGCUAUGCUGGCAGUCUCAGGUCGGCCCGUCGGCCUGGUUGGGGCCUCAGACCUCGGACAGCGUGGAGCACUACAUAUCCAAGGGUCAGAAGGAUCUCGUGCUCAUCCCUAUCGCUUUCACAUCCGACCAUAUCGAAACUCUAUAUGAGUUGGAUCAGGAAGUCAUCGGCGACAGUGGUCACCCCGAAACUGUCAAGCGAGUUGAGUCUCUCAACGGAAGUCCUGUCUUUAUCCAAGCUCUCGCCGACAUUGCCAAGGCGCACCUGGCAGCAGGUCAGGCUUGCUCUAAGCAGAUGGGUCUUCGAUGCCCUGGGUGUAAGAGCGAGAGAUGUGCUGAAUCGAAACGAUUCUUUGCGAGCCAGCAGGCUGGCCUCGCUUGAGAUGAGUGAGAUAAUUUGAUCAUGCUAUGAAUUUGAGCCGUCAAAGUCUGGGCAGCUCUUCCCACCAGUGUACUAUACCUUUACUAGAAGCGAAAAUGUGGCGUGUAUCUUAAUUAAAACAAGCACUGAAGGGUUCAGUGCUUAUUUGACAUUUAGAAGACGGUGUGGGGUGUAUAGAUACAAUAUUCUACUCGUAAAAAUAACAGUUUACAUGUCUUA